GACAAACAAACGAAAAGUUUGGAAACCAAAUUUAAACCUUUGUAACGAAUGAGUUAAGCGGGAUUGAAGUCUAACAACCUGGGGCAGUCUGCAGUCUGACCUGUGACAUGUCACACAGUCCAGUACAGUACAUCCAUGUUUCUGGCUUAGUGACCAGUGUGGAGUCGUGGCGCCCCCUGUCUCCCGCACAACACGACACAAGACAACGCAACACACCAGCAGAUUGUUAACGGGAACUCGAGGGCCUUGCAGCAUGUAGCCGUGGUCAUGUUGUGAACACAGACAGCUUUACGUUUUCUUUUGACGAAACGAUAUUAUUUUACGGGUCGGACAGAAAACAUUGAUCGGUUAUCGACACAUAAUGUCUUAGACAAAGCUCCGACACCGCUGCUUGAUGCUAAUCGGUCCAACUUAGCUGUUAGCUCUUAAAUUAUUUAGACGUACAAGUCUUCACCUUCCUACCAGCCAGCUGAUGUCUUGGUCGGUCCUUGUGGUUGAGCAGCUGUCGGCACCGUCAGCGGUAACACGGGCAUCUUCUCACCCGGCUGUGUGAUGGAAGGGUGAGGAAACGAUGCUCAAAUUCCUCCACAUCCUGCUAACAGGCCUGAUAGGUUUACUAGGAAAUGGGGUGAAUGCUUCAGAUGUAGUCAGACUAGUUAAUGGGGAGAACAAGUGUUCUGGCAGAGUGGAGGUCCUCCGCCAUGACCAGUGGGGGACAGUGUGUGACCUCGGUUGGGACGUCCGAGAGGCUCAUGUGGUGUGCUUGCAGCUGGGAUGUGGCUUUGCUGAACAUGCGCUCCACGGUGCGGCCUUUGGUCCUGGCAAAGGCGAGAUCUGGCUGCGCCACGUCCAGUGCACGGGUCAUGAGUCCAGUUUGACACACUGUGCUGUUGUCCUUCAUAACUACUACUACUGCACCCAUGAGAAUGAUGCAGGAGUGAAAUGCUCAGGUACUCUUUUAACGCCCACCCUCACCCUGCUGUCACCUCACACUGUGUUCUCAUCUGGGGAGGCCAUUCGUUUCAGCUGCAGCGUAAAGCUGGGACACCACUUCAGUGACUUCCACCUGUACAAGGAUGGAGUUUCCACGCCACUGGUCACACAGAGGGCAGACCUGACGCAGACCAGUGUAGAGCUCACACUGUCUGACGUAGAGACUUUUCACCAGGGCAGCUACAGCUGUCGUUAUAGGAUCAAAGGUGGAUUUCCUUCUGAGCUGCUCAGCUCUCCACCCAGCAACUCCAUCAACAUCACCGUAGUUGAACUCCUGACUCCCCACCACUGGUACAACACGUCCUCUGAGGCUCCAACCGGUUCUGUCAUCAGAGGCCACAGUUUUAACAUCACAUGCUCCACUCAGCAACAGUACCCUGGAGGUUCUUUCCAGCUACGGCUGAUUCAACCCAACGGCACCGUGCGCCAGUCCCUGCCUGCUCUGUCUCAGUUUGUCACUUUCACCUUCCCCAACGCCCAGAGCUCCAACGAGGGCUACUACUACUGUCUGUACCGGGUCCAAAUGGGCGGACGCACCUUUGUCUCCAGAGAAAGCCAGCCACUGCCUAUAGCCAUAAGAGAUCCAGAUCCUCUUCUCAGUCCAAUGGUGAUCAGCUGGAUCGUGUCAGGCCUGACCUUUGUUGUAGCUCUUGUUGUUAUCAUCAUCGUGGCUAAGGUCCUCUGUUACAAAGAGAAGAAACCAUCUGAACUGGAGCGAGAGACCAGAACCUGUGUGGACAACACAUAUGUUGCCUUAUCAGUUAACAAGCUAUGAUGGGAUGCAUCUAAACUCAAGGCACUGAAGAAUCUUUUCAACGUGGAUUUAAACGGCGUGGAACAGAAAGACUGACGGUAUGUGGCUACCACACCUUUACCAAAACCACCAGGUGGACCAGUUCAAUAGAAUCUGAGCAGUUGCAACUGGACUCCAACAAAGACUGAACAACAGUUUCACUUUCACACCAAACAUCGGGGUAGAGUCAAAAUGUAUUCUGUUCAGACAUAAACGGAGGUGAAAGAGGUAAACUGGGGGAACUGUGAGAUGACUUCCUCAGGCCUGUGUACAUGCACUACAUUUUAUGUUUAUUACCAAGUAGCACUAACGACAACAGCCAAAUUGCAGUAUCACGUAUUUGCUUCAGCUGAUUGAUCUUCAAAGGACGCGUAAGAGUCUAACGCUUCUCUUUAGCAACUAUAACUCAACACAAUAACAUGGCAAAAAAACAAACAUUAUUUUCUAUCAGGUUUUUAAGUAGCCAUUACUGCAUGUAUUACAUCAUUUACAGCAUAAGAUCAAACUCAAAAUGCAAAGUGAUUUAUUGUCAUUGUUGACACAGCACACCACUGCACACAACAAAAUGUGACCUCCGCCUUUAACCCGUCACCUUGGUGAGCAGGGGGCAGCUCAAGGGCCCAGGGAGCAGUGUGUGGGGACGGUGCCAUGCUCAGUGCACCCCAGUGGCACCUGGUGGCUGGUGGAUUCGAACCUGUGACCUUCCGAAAACAAGUACGCUUCCUUAUCCACCAGGCCACCACUGCCUCCCCCCAUCGUUUUUUUUUAUACCCUGGAUUAUUUAAACAUUUCAGUCUUGUUUUCGUCCCUGAAUAAAUGACACUUGUUUUACUUUAAACAAACUUUUUGUGGUAUUUUUUAUUAGUGAAACACAGACAAACACAGUACUGGCUAAAAACAAAGUCUGAUUAUUUGGUACCAAAAUGUUUCAGUUGACUGAAGUGCAACAAAUUAGAAGCACCAUGUUUUAGCCUGACAUUACUGUAGAUUUUUUUACCCAGUAAAAAUAAAACAGACGUUACCAGUUGUGGAGGUUUUUUUUUUAUCCUAAUUUUUCCAUAAACAACUUUAGAGGCACUUUAAUUACAACAGGUCUAAAAAUGUCCAAAUUGUAAAUGACAUCCCAUAAAAAGUCAUAGUACACUGUAAUACACUGAACUGAGCAUCAACUAGUGAAAACUACGCCAGAACGACUGUUGAUUUCAGUGGCAAUAAACAGGUAGAAAAGCUACAGAAAUACUGAUUUGGCAUAAAAUGUAAAACCAAAAUGUAAAAAACCUUUAUAGAGUUUUGCCUUUUACUGACAAAUAAAACAAUGUAGUGGAUCUGACAAGUAAUGUUCUGUAGUGCUUUGUCUUUAAAGCCCAAUAUGCACCAAAACUAUCAUUGUGGGUGACAUUCAGAUCACCCAACAGACGGGCAGCUGAUAUCAAAUGUUUGAACAAUUUCUCUUCUACUGCUGCUUUUCUAAGCUUGAUUAAAAAAUUUGUAUUUUACCUUAAAAAAAGCAAAUGCAAAGCAAAGCAAACUGCUAUUAAAACCAGCAAACCCAUACA